CGCCGUUUGAUGAUGUAGCAGAUGAGGCGUAAACAUGGAGGAGAGGGAAGCUCUGAAGAGACAAAUUGAACUUCUUCAGGAUCUCAUUAAUAAACACAAGAGUGUCCAUGGUGACGCACCAUUUACAAGAGUUGAGCAGAGGCAUCUAGAAGCUCCAACAUCAGCCAGAGCCACGGAUCACAGCACAUCUCUCAUCCAUCCUCACAGCUCCAGAGGGAGACUUUAUGCUCUUCAGACCCGUGGAAGUUGGAGGAAAACGUACUCUCUGAGAAACAAGAACCAUCAACCCUCUGUUGGACAUCACUCAGCUUCUACCUCCUCCUCUGUGGAUCAGUCUAGUUCCCCACCUGUCUCUCACAGCAUCUCACUGCCCAGCCGAGGCAGAGGAGAGGAAAGUGAUAGAACCAAUACUGCUGCUUUAUCGUCAGGGAUUGCUCAACAGAAGAAAGACGGACAUGUAAGCAGCAUCACAGGAAUUAGGGAAGAGGCAACAAAGAAACCUUCCACAGAUGCUCUAUGUAAAAGAGGGGAAGGGGCAGCUUUGUCUAAGCAUCAAGAUGCAAAAGGAGGUUCAAGCUCAACAGGCCCAAGCUUGCAACAUGAAACGCACCACAGACAUAUUCAAUUUCAGCAGAAGGGUGAAAGUAGGCACUUUCCCCUUCCAGGGGGAAUAGUCUGUGGUUCUUCAGAAGUGCCUCCUAAAGUCAAGACCAAUACCUUGACCUUGCAGAGCAGCUCUGAAGAACAGAUCAAACCUUUGCUGACCAGCAAAACCAGCACUGAGACUAAACAGACUCCAGCAGUUCCUACAACUGGUAAUACCACAUUACCUCUCUCUGCUCAGUCUAAGGUAGCUAAACAACCUUCCCUUGACCUCACAUCUCAGACCAACCAGGCCCAAGUCAGUAGAUCUUUUUUGAAAAAAUCCAAGUUCACUUGGGUGAAGAGCCAGAGUGUGGAAGGUGUGGAGUCCAGACAAGGUAGCUCCAUUUCUUUACCCACAGGAAAAGCUGUGACUGUUGUCCCAACGUCAGUCUCCAAAGCAGGAGCUUCCAGUGGAACCUCCCCCUCAUUCACGAUCAGUAAGAGAACCCCUGCUAAGAAGUUACCCCGAAAGCUUAGCCCGGUCACUGUCGCCCCCAAGACCUCCAAGUACAAAUGGGUCUCCUCCUCCGCUGGAGGCCAAGCCAAGAUGUCUCGAAAACCAAUAUCGCCCAAAGCCCUGAUUCUUGCUCAGAGAGCUCUAGAAAAAGGAGAGGUCCCCAAGAAACUCAGAGCACCCUCCACUCCCUCUGCUAAAAUAAAAAAGACAUCCAGCCCCUCACUCAGUAGCCGUUACCGUUGGAAGGCUGGGGGGCAGAGUACCUCUGAAGCAGCAACAGCAGGGGCAGCAGAGGUUCGUCGUAGGUCUGCCUUCCUCUGGACUUCAGAAAAAGGCACCAAAGGAGUGAAAGGAGGGCAUGUUGUUUCCCCAUCUCUACCUCAACGUGCCUCCCUCCCAUCCUCCUCCCCUAGUGGGUUCAAACUCCGCAGCAGGAUGAAGAUCAUUAGGAAGUCUGCUUACAGUGGAGGUGGGUCAGAGAGGGGGAGCAGCUCGUCAGCAGUGAAGUACUCCCCACGGGGCCGAAUACACACCUCGACUAGGACUCCCGCAGGAGUUAGGAGGACACCCUCCAGGGAGCUCGUGUCUUUUGGUAGACACAAGUUGAGGCGGCUCUCCCCCACCUUAUCAAGGACAAGUUUCGCCUCGUCCUCCCACGGUAGCCCCACCUCCCAGCGGGUGUUCAGGACACGCUACAAGAUGGUGACCCACUCGGGCACCAGCACUGCGCACACCCUCCUCUACAACCCCGCCCUCUCCUGGAGAGCAAAGAGGAUCCAGUCUGCCAGGAGUUUCCUUCAGAGCCGUCUUCGAGCUCCCCACGACAGACACCCAUCAUCCACCCAGCACUGGAGAGGAACUGGCAUGUGCUGGAUUGGUGGUUCCCUGUACCGGGUGUCAGCCAAUAAGCUAUCCCGCACUGUGGCGUCCAACAUGUCGAUCGGUCGAACAGGAAGAUCCUCCAGCCCCCACGUCUCAUCCAUGAUUCCUGCUUGGAACCGACCCUCCAGCACUCGUCACUUAGCCAGUCGCGCAGUUCAGCGGAGCCUUGCCAUAAUCAGACAUGCUCGUCAGAAGAAGCAGCAGAAGCAGUACUGCAUGUACUACAACCGCUUCGGCAAGUGUAACCGCGGCAACAGCUGUCCCUACAUACACGACCCAGACAAGGUGGCCGUCUGCACAAGGUUUCUGCGAGGGACGUGCAAGCAGGCAGACGGGACCUGCCCAUUCUCCCAUAAGGUGGCUAAGGAGAAGAUGCCGGUAUGUUCUUACUUCCUAAAGGGCAUCUGUAACAACAGCGACUGUCCCUACAGUCAUGUCUACGUGUCCUGCAAAGCUGAAGUGUGUGAGGACUUUGUCAAAGGCUACUGCCCCAAGGGAGAGAAGUGUAAGAAGAAACACACUCUGGUGUGUCCAGACUUCUCUAAGACCGGCUCCUGCCCCCGAGGAGCCCGCUGCAAACUACAGCACCGCCAGCACCCGAAACGUAGCACCAGCAACACCUCCACCACACCGGCCAAGAGAGCCCGAACCAAGGAGCCCUCCAAGAGGCCGCGCCUUUCUGUUGUCAUGCCACACGGCCCUCAGGCAGCUCCAGUCACACCCCCCGCAGGUCCGCUGGCGCUGCCGUCCUUCAUUUCCCUCUCCAGCUCCCCAGAGGAGGCAGACGCACCAGACACCCUGCCAGUCGAGACCUCACAGGUUAAAGAGAGAAAGCUGCAGAUCAAGCCUCGACUCUAAGACUAUAGAGACCAGCGGCACUGGAGGUGAACAACACUUUUCAAUGAUUUGAGUCUCAGGUUUGUCCUGACAGGUGUUUCUGUGUCUCUUCCCAUUUAAUUACUUAACUCAGGGCCUGAAAGUUUUAUCUUAUAUAUCUACAGAUCAGGUUUAUAUAGCAGUUUGGAUGUUUACAAUGCAGAUUUUCUCAUCAGGUUUUGCAAAUUUUAAAAAGACAAAUAAAAUAUCGACUCUAACUGUGUGUUGUUCACAGACUCUUUUUGAAAUGUGAAGUCAGUGCUGUGAGAGUGUUUAUGGGCAGUGUGAGUGUGUUUCUUUUUUGGCGCAGCGGUGUCAUCACAUGACACGAGCGUGUUUGUGAGAGUUUUCAUCAGCGAGGUGGUGACAGAAGCAGCAGUGCCCCUCACUUUAAAGGCCUGGAGACGAGACACAUGAGCAUACAGUGACUUCAUCCUCACCGUACUGUGAGCGUGUGUCUGCGUGCGUCUGGGAGAAAGUGUGCACACAGAAACUUAUCGUUAAAACA